UCUGUUGUUGCCCACCAGAUGAUCAGCCAAGAUCAUCAGGCCGCCGCUAGACAGAACAUUGAACUUGAAUCUGCCAAAGCUGAAAUGGGAGAGGUCAAAGAAGAAAAUGAAAGAUUAAAAAUGAUGUUAGAUAAAAUAGAGAAGGAUUAUCAAUCUCUACAAUUGUGUUUCUUUGAUAUCAUUAAACAAGAAGCUUCGAAGAGAUGUACAGAGUCAGCUCCCUCACAUGAACAAAUUGAUCAAGAAUCUGAUCAAUUAGUAUCUCUUUGUCUCGGAAGAAGUACUCCAAGUCAUGAGCUGAAAAGAGACGAGAAAGGUUGCAACAACCCUUGUAAUAGCAAGACUAUUAAAGAUUUAGAAUGGAAGUACAACCAUAAUAUUGGAUGGGAGUCUACGGAGCAGCUUGCUUCUUCUGAUCCAAGCUCAAAAGAGCCAAAUAAACAAAUUGUAGAAGCUGGAGACACAUGGCUACCAAGUAAAACUCUAAAAACAAUGAGAAAUGGAGAUGACGAAAUUUCACAACAAACCCAUGUGAAGAGAGCUAGGGUUUCUGUGAGAGCUAGAUGUGACACUCCAACGAUGAAUGAUGGAUGCCAUUGGAGGAAAUAUGGACAGAAAAUAUCGAGAGGAAACCCAUGCCCUCGAGCAUACUAUCGUUGCGCAGUUGCACUUGAAUGCCCAGUAAGAAAACAGGUACAAAGAUGUGCCGAGGACAUGUCCAUCUUGAUCACCACCUAUGAAGGAACCCACAACCACCCUCUUCCAAUGUCAGCCACAGCUAUGGCUUCCGCCACUUCGGCUGCCGCUUCUAUGCUAUUAUCUGGCUCAUCUAUAUCUGAACCUGGCCUCGGUUCAACAACCACUACGAUUGCUGCUCCUAUACUCAAUGCAUUUAAUCUAAAUCUCUUGGAUAACUCGGGAGCAAAACGAUUUUACGUGCCCAACUCUUCUUUAACGACGCCCCUUUUCCCAACCGUCACUCUGGACCUCACUGCCCCUCCAUCUCCUCCACAUACUCUUUUUAAUAGAUCAUCUUCAAGCUUUGUUUCAAACCCAAGAUUUCUUUCAAGAAGUCUUAGCUUCUCAUCCUCAGAACCCACCAUACCAACGGGUUGGGACAGUGGAUACCAUGGUUAUACCGCAGUACCCUACAACAAAACCCACACCGGAUUCCUAAAUCCAGGAAAACAAUCCCAACAUUUCUACCAAUCUUAUUUGGAAAAGAACCACCAAGCUUCCUCUCAAGAGUCCAUAACUGAAACCUUAACCAAAGCAAUUGCGUCAGACCCAACUUUCAGGUCCGCAAUUGCAUCCACAAUUUCAUCAAUGGUAGGAGGUGGUGCAACCCAUGAUAACCAAGGUGGAGUAGAGAGAUUAUGCCAAAAGCCGAAGUGGGGUGAGCCAGUUCAGGCCGUUUAUCCUGAUCCAUCAGCUCAAAAUGGGAAAGCAUGCCAAACAAGCUACUUCAACAGAUUUUCAUUGCCAUUAUCCGUCUCCAAGAGUACUUCUGCAUCUUCUCCCACUAUUGAGGAUCAAAUGAACCGACAAGUCUAAUAUUGCCUCGGAUGAGACAAUAAUGAAAGCUUCCUUCCUUUCACAAAAUACCUCCUAUACAGGCUCCCCCUCCCCCUCAGUAGUCCCUAUACAUAAAA